AUGACGACGAAACUGCGACAAUCACUGUAUGCAACAUUGGCGGCAGUCGCCUUUAUUGCUAUAUUUACUUUAACUGUUAAUCCUGUCGUAAAAAUUGUGGAACCAAUGAAGAAAUCAAUGGUCAGUGGUACUGUAUUGGAAUCUGAUUGUCAAUGUACCGCAAAUGGUCAACGUUUCAAUUGCGAAUAUACCAAGCAUUUAACAAAAUUAGGUCUUCUCUCGGAUAAGAAUAUCGUGGAUCUAGAGACACAACAACUUCCCGAUCCAGCAUUUGUGACAGCAAUGUCAGAAAAUCACUAUGGAGAAGGGCUCACAUUAAUAGCAAAUUUUCGAAAAAUGUGGCCUCAAAGGAAACUUUAUGUUUAUGAUCUCGGGCUUUCAAAAAAAUCAUUAGACAGGAUUAAGGCGAUGUGUUUGAUAGAAGUACGGCAGUUUCCAUUUGAUGACUAUCCACCAUACGUGGAAACCUUAUCGGAAUACAGAUGGAAACCCUUGAUUAUAGCGCAAACAUUAAAUGAAUUCGGAGCAAUUUGGUACAUGGACAGUUCAGUGCGAUGGAAGAAAGACAAACUUAAUGUGGUAUACAAUGAAGUUACGUGUCGAAAAGAUGGCACAUGGAAAUUGGGUCUCAAUCUAUUUAACAAUGCUACCACGGAAUGCCGAAAGUCAGCCUAUCUUCUUCACUCAUCAUCCGGACAUGGCGUCUUUCCAACCACUAAUCCUGGUGUCUACAUUUACAUUCCCACGGAACUCGAGAAACUAAAAAGUAGAAACGAAAAUCAUGACGCUGGUUUUGCCUUCGCUGUCAAAACUAUAGACACUGUUCAAAUUUUGAAAUGGUCAAAUGCGAAGAAAAUACAAAAAGAACUGUAUGUUCUAUGUGCAUUGGAAAAGAAUUGUAUGGGACCUCCUCAUGCACAGCUGACCUGUAGUUUCGGAAAAAAUCGUUUCACAGAAUAUGCAAAAUGCCACAGAUACGAUCAAUCAGUGAUCAACCUUCUUUUGUCCAACGCAAACGGCUAUAAUUCAAGUAAUUAUGUGAGCAGCUUGGGAGGUGAUGGUGCGGGUAUUGAGAGAGAUUCGAAUAACUCACUGACUGACAAGGACUUUUUAUGCAAUGGAACGAAGCAGUCAUGA